GGGUAACAGUGGCACUUCCCUUGUUGGGUCGCUGAGAGGCACAAGGAGACGAUGCUCGUAGACUGUGUGAGUCCUGGCUCCACGCCACUCGGGGCCCCAAGCCCGUGUAAGGCCUGAUGAAGCUGAGGAGCUGUGGAUGCUCUGAGACUUCUUUUACAGAGGCUGCCAAACCCCGGGUCAGAGACCUAGGAAUUCUGUCUUGGCCACAGGCCCAGGAGGCUGGGGCUCCAGGGGUAGAAUGUAACUGGACGAUGUCACAGAGGGUGGGCGCAUCUAGAAUCCUGGGGACUCCUGGCCUCAGCAUCAUCUGCCAGCAAGGCCACCCUGGUAGGUCAGUUCCUGCUGGGACCCGCCUUCAGAGACACAAUGCAAACGUGCCUGCUCCCAGACGCAGUUUCCAUCUAGGGCCACCCAGGUCCCAGCUGCUCUGCUUACCUGCCUCUGAGCCUCCCCUUGAAGCUCACCUCCAUUCCAUCCUGGCCACGGCCCCUGGGAGGCCCUUCAGAUGCCCAAAGGCCUCCCAUCUGCCAUCCCCAGUGGGACAGGCUCAAACCAAAGCAGGAGGGGGAGGGGGAGCACGGGUGGCCAUGGGGCGGCAGCGGCUGGCCCUGGCCCCGGGGGCGGUCCGGGCCGCACUGAUCCUGUGGGAGCUGCUGGUGCCCUCACAGGCGCUGGUGCGGGCCGUGCUAGACGGGAACUCCAGCACGGUGGACUUUGAAGAUUUGCCAGCCAUGUUCGGGGGGCCCCUGGCCCCCGAGGGUGUGCGGGGCUACCUGAUGGAGGCCAAGCCGGCUAAUGCGUGCCACCCCAUCGAGGGCCCGCAGCCGGGGGGCAACGGCUCCCUGGGCGCCAUCGUCCUCAUCCGCCGCUACGACUGCACGUUUGACCUGAAGGUGCUGCACGCCCAGCGGGCCGGCUUCAAGGCCGCCAUCGUGCACAACGUCCUCUCGGACGACCUGGUGCGCAUGGCCCAUGUCUACGAGGACCUGCGGCGCCAGAUCUCCAUCCCCGCGGUGUUCGUGGGCGAGGCCACCUCGCAGGACCUGCGGCUCAUCGUGUGCUGCGACAAGUCUGCCCACGUCCUCCUGUUGCCCAACUACCCGCCUUGCCCCGACCUGGACUGCCGCCCCGUGCUGGCCGUCUCCUGGGUCCUGGGCUGCGCCCUGGCCCUGCUCACGUCCACCUUUCUCGUCCUGCGAUACCUGGUGAACUGCCUGAGGUCCUGGUGGGCCCGUGGGCCUGCGGUGGCCAAGAUGCCGGCCUGCCGGAAGGCGCAGGUUCGCACCUUCACGCGGCUCAACGACACGUGUGCCAUCUGCCUGGACGAGUACGAGGAGGGUGAGCAGCUCAAGAUCCUGCCCUGCUCCCACAUCUAUCACUGCAAGUGCAUCGACCCCUGGUUUUCCCAGGCUGCCCAGCGCUCCUGCCCCGUGUGCAAGCGGUCAGUGCCCAGCACAGAAGACAGCUCAGACUCCACCAUCGAGAGCAUCGACGAGGACCCCUCCCUGCAGGGCUACCAGCCCCCCAUCUGGGCCAUCCAGGCCCGGCUGCGCCCCCGGAGGCUGGAGCUGCUGGCCCGAGCCAGCCCGCACCGCCACUGCAGUGCCGCCUCCUUGGGGCUGGCUGAGGCCAUGGAGUCCUCAGAGAGGCCCCCAGACAUGCUCUGAGGCCCGCAGACCCUGGCCAGUGAAGAUCGGGGUGGGUAGGGUAGAAAUGAGUGUUUCUAGUCUGGAGAGAAUAAAAUGGGUUUGAAAACAGAUUCUCACCCUAGCUGCUGUAGGGCUGCCUGGGCCUCUGGCCCCCUGUGACACCCAUGUGACAAAGCCCUGCAGAGCCCAAGGCUGGCUGCGUCGUCUGCAGGU